UCCGAUCUACCAUCAGCUAGUUUCCCGCUGACCUUAGUGACCUUACUGCGCUCAGUCCUUUCAGCCCCUUCUCUUGUCAAAGUUGUCUCUUGCUUCCAGCAAAUCUUCCAUACAAUAAGGAUGAGUGACAAACAGCCAUUGGUACAGCCCCCACCUCCAGCAUACAAUGCUCCGCCACCAAUGGCCCCCCCACCACAGCAGGGUUAUCCACCUCAGCAGGGUUAUCCACCUCCUGCUUAUGGUGGCUAUCAGGCUGCACCAGCUACACAUAAUAACACUGUCGUUGUGACCCAGCCUGCCCCAGUCCACACGACCUAUCGUACAUACAGGUCGGCUGAUCACUACUUGAGUCUCUCAAUAUUCUUGACCAUUUGCUGCUUCUUCUGGGGAACAUGGUGCGCUCUUGCUUGUACCAUACCAGCCAUUGUCUUUGCAAUCAAUGCUAGGGAUGCAGACGCUCGUGGUGAUCAAGCAGCUGUUGAAAGAAACCGCCGACUUGCCCUCUUCCUCAACAUUGGAGGCAUAGCAACAUAUGCUGUCUUCAUUGUCAUUUUCAUAAUUGUGAUUGCAACGACUGUUUCUCAAGCCAACAACUGUUAUUAUUCCUACUAUUACCAGUAUUACUAUUGCUGAGCUUAUGGAGCACAUCUGUAAGCUCAGUGGGUCUGUAUAUGUACUUAUAAACUUUGAGGAUGAGCUAUAGCUAGUGUGUUUGUUAUUUUAGGUUGUUUGUGUUUUUGUUUACAAGUUAUCUUUAUUGCUGCAAAGUUUA